UCGACAAGAAUCUUGUCGGAGGCAAUUCGGCUUUUCGGUUGCCUUCUGGCGGGAAGCGCGAAACGAGGGAAGUCAGGUUCUGAAACUCACUCAAAACCCCCUCAUAAACCCUAGCCAGUGGUUUACUUCUUCUCCUGCUACAGAAGAGGAAGAAGCAAAAUCGAGAAUAUUACCAGGAACACUAUGCAGUGGAUAACAACCAAAAAUGUCCUCGUUUCGCUGCCUCGAUGGCGUUCUCUCCCUCUAAUGCUUCGUUCUCCUGUUAACAGACGAAGACUAUCCGCUUCACUCACUUCACCAACAUUUUCACUUUGUUGUGUCAGGAGCCACAGUACAGUUAAGAGCAAACAGAGACAGCGGUUUCAAUCUGUGAGAGUGCCGAAUGUUUUGAGAGGAACCACAAAAGCAGCAGCUAAAAAAUUAAAGGAAUCUAGACCCCUUCUCGGAGAAAAAGAUCUUUCUCACAUAAUAUGGUGGCAGGAGAGGCUGCAGACCUGCAGAAAACCUUCGACCAUUCAGCUCGUUAAAAGGCUCACAUAUACUAAUUUGCUUGGCUUGGAUGUUAACCUUAAAAAUGGGAGUCUGAAAGAAGGAACACUCAACUGGGAAAUGUUGCAAUUUAAAUCAAGAUUUCCACGUGAAGUUUUACUUUGUAGGGUGGGGGAGUUCUAUGAAGCCAUUGGAAUUGAUGCUUGUCUUCUUGUUGAGCAUGCUGGUUUGAAUCCUUUUGGUGGUCUUCAUUCAGAUAGUGUUCCAAGAGCUGGCUGCCCUGUGGUGAACUUACGACAGACUCUGGAUGACCUGACACGAAGUGGGUAUUCUGUUUGCAUAGUUGAGGAAGUUCAGGUUCCAACUCAAGCUCGUUCUCGUAAAGGUCGUUUUAUAUCUGGGCAUGCACAUCCUGGUAGCCCCUAUGUAUUUGGACUUGCUGGUGCUAAUCAUGAUGUUGAUUUUCCUGAGCCGAUGCAUAUAGUUGGAGUAUCCCGUUCUGCAAAAGGGUAUUGUAUCAUUUUAGUAUUGGAGACUAUGAAGACUUUUUCAGCAGAGGAUGGUUUGACUGAAGAGGCUCUAGUUACCAAGCUUCGCACUUGUCGAUACCAUCAUCUAUUUCUGCAUUCAUCUUUGAAACAAAACUCUUCAGGAACAUCUCGCUGGGGUGAAUUUGGUGAAGGGGGGUUGUUAUGGGGUGAAUGUAGUGGAAGGCACUUUGAGUGGUUUGAUGGCAAUCCUGUCACUGAACUUCUGUUCAAGGUAAAGGAGCUCUAUGGUCUUGAUCAUGAUGUGACCUUUAGAAAUGUUACUGUUUCUUCAGACAAAAGGCCUCGUCCUUUAUACCUUGGGACAGCUACACAAAUUGGGGCAAUACCAACAGAAGGAAUACCUUGCUUGUUGAAGUUGUUGCUCCCAUCAAGUUGCACUAGCCUACCUGUACUGUAUGUUAGAGACCUUCUUCUUAAUCCUCCAACAUAUGUGAUUGGAUCGACAAUUCAAGCAACAUGCAGACUUAUGAGCAAUGUCACGUGCUCAAUCCCUGAGUUUACAUGUGUCUCAGCUGCAAAGCUUGUGAAACUAAUUGAGUCAAGAGAGGCCAACCACAUAGAAUUCUUCAGAAUCAAGUGUGUAGUUGAUGAAAUCUUGCAGAUGAACAGAAAUCUUGAGCUCUAUGAUAUCCUACAAAGUUUGUUGGAUCCUACUUGGGUAGCAACUGGAUUAAAAAUUGAACUUGAAAACCUGGUAAAUGAGUGUGAAUUCGUUUCAAAUAAAAUUGGCGAUAUGAUCUCUCUGGAUGGCGAAAAUGACCGAAAAAUAAAUUCCUCUGUCAUCAUACCUGGUGACUUUUUUGAGGAUAUGGAGUCGUCAUGGAAAGGACGUGUGAAAAGGAUUCAUGCAGAGGAAGAAUUUGCAGAAGUAGAGAGAGCAGCUGAGGCCUUAUCUAUUGCAGUUACUGAAGAUUUUCUCCCAAUUGUUUCAAGAAUAAAAGCUACUGCAGCCCCAUUUGGUGGACCAAAGGGAGAAAUAUUAUAUGCUAGAGAGCAUGAAGCUGUCUGGUUCAAAGGAAAACGCUUUGCACCUUCUGUGUGGGGUGGUACCCCUGGAGAAGAACAAAUCAAACAGCUUAGACCUGCUACUGAUUCAAAAGCAAGAAAGGUUGGAGAGGAAUGGUUUACAACAAAAAAGGUGGAGGAAGCACUAAUUAGGUACCAUGAAGCAGGUGCUAAGGCAAAAGCUAGGGUCUUGGAAUUGUUGAGGGGACUUUCUGCUGAGUUACAUAGUAAAAUAAAUAUUCUCGUCUUCGCUUGCAUGUUGCUUACCGUAGCAAAGGCACUAUUUGCUCAUGUGAGUGAAGGGAGAAGAAGGAAAUGGGUUUUUCCUACACUUGUUGAGUUCAGUGAAACCAAGGAUGAAUCAUUAUCUGACGGUGCCAAUAAAAUGGCAAUAACAGGAUUAUCACCUUAUUGGUUUGAUGUAGCACAAGGCAGUGCCAUUCUUAAUACAGUGGAUAUGCAAUCAUUGUUUCUUCUAACUGGGCCUAAUGGUGGUGGUAAAUCAAGUUUGCUUCGGUCAAUUUGUGCAGCUGCAUUGCUUGGAAUAUGUGGACUGAUGGUUCCUGCUGAAUCGGCCAUUAUACCACAUUUUGAUUCUAUUAUGCUGCACAUGAAAUCUUAUGAUAGUCCCUCCGAUGGAAAAAGCUCGUUUCAGAUUGAAAUGUCGGAGAUACGCUCUAUAAUCACCAGAGCUACUUCAAGGAGCCUUGUGCUUGUUGAUGAAAUCUGCAGGGGAACAGAAACAGCAAAGGGGACUUGUAUUGCUGGUAGCAUUAUUGAAACUCUCGACAGCAUUGGUUGCCUGGGUAUCAUUUCUACCCACUUGCAUGGAAUUUUUGAUCUACCAUUGAGUAAAAAGAACAGUGUGUAUAAAGCAAUGGGAACAGAGAAUGUAGAUGGUCAGACAAAGCCAACAUGGAAAUUGAUUGAUGGUAUCUGUAGAGAAAGUCUUGCCUUCGAAACUGCUCUAGAGGAAGGAAUCCCUGAAGGAGUAAUCCAGAGAGCCAAAGAAUUAUAUCUUUCAGUAAAUGGAAAGGAUGUAUGCAAAGGAAAAGAUUAUUCAGAAGUAGAACAACCAAGUUCUGAUUCCGAUGCCAAUGACUCUGAAGCUUACAAUCAAUUGAGUCAGUUUGGAAUAGGAACUGCUCAUUGUGUGAAGAGGACAGAAAACCCUAUUGAGAUUCUGAGGAAGGGGGUUGCAAAUGCUAUAACUGUUAUCUGUCAGCAGAAGCUGAUUGAACUUCACAAACAGAGGAAUGUGUCAGAACUUGUGGUUGUCAAUUGUGUAGCUAUAGCUGCUAGGGAACUGCCUCCUCCAUCAACAAUAGGAGCUUCAAGUGUCUAUGUAAUGUUCAGACCUGACAAGAAACUGUAUGUUGGACAGACGGAUGACCUAGAGGGCCGAGUUCGUAGUCAUCGUUCAGUGGAAGGAAUGCAGAAUGUGGAGUUCCUCUAUUUUCUAGUCCCUGGAAAGAGCAUAGCCAACCAACUUGAAACUCUGCUAAUCAACCAGCUGCCUCGUGAAGGCUUCCGACUGAGCAAUGUGGCUGAUGGAAAGCAUCGUAACUUUGGCUCAUCUAAUCUUCCGUCAGAAAAACUCAGCUUACAUCGGUGAAUCAUAGGGUGGACUCUUGAUUGAGGCUACAAAGAAAUUUGCCUGAAGCACCUUCUUCCCUCAGCAGCAUAAUUUUAUAUAGUUACAUUGCAAAUGCAUCAAUUUUGGGUAAUGUUAUCAAGUUGCAUCAAAUGUAUCUAACAACCGGCAUGUAUGUAUGUACAUAUAUGUAUUAGUAUGAUAGUGACCAAUCUUUGGUCACUAAAUUCAUUUUUGUAGUUUAUGAUGCAUAUGCAUCGUCUGUUAAAGGUAUUCUUUUUGUCUUCA